AUGGCGAUUAUACUACCGUCGCUGCCGCGGUCUCCCCUCCUCCUCCUCGUGCUCGCGCUGGUGCUGCUCUCGUCGGCGCACCUCCCCCGCCGCGCGCGCGCAGAGGAUACGUGCUCCGCCUCCGCGCCGUGCGCCAACAACCUCUGCUGCAGCAAGUGGGGCUGGUGUGGCUCCACCGUCGAUCACUGCGGCGCAGGCUGCCAGUCCGGGCCCUGCGCGGAAAGCACCUCCGCCUCUCCCCCUUCCCCGCAGAGCAGCUCCCCGGCUCCCGCGCCCAGCUCCCCCCCGUUUCCACCUCCGUCCGGUUCCCCUCCGCCCGUGUCUGAUUCUCCUCCUCCCCCAUCCCCCUCCCCUUCUCCGCCUUCCGCUUCUCCGCCGGCCCCGUCCGCCUCACCUCCGCCCCCUACCGGCUUCACUCCCCCCCCAACGGGCUCCGCGCCCCCCCCAACCGGUUCCGCUCCCCCCCCAACCAGCUCCGCUCCCCCCCCAACCGGCUCCCCUCCCCCAUCUACUGGGCUGCAGCGCAUGGCGUAUUUUCCCAUCGAGGCGGGCAUGGACCCAUCCCUCAUCCCUGCUGCCAACCUCACGCAUGUCUUCUACUCCCGUGCUUCCGUCGACCCCACCACAUACAAGGUCGUCCCCUACAUCCCAGCAAUUGACGUCAACGAGGGCCUCUAUCUGCGCUUCAACUCCGCUCUAAAGACCGCCAACCCCGCCAUUAAAACCCUCCUUUCGAUCGGCGGCUAUCUCACAUUCACCAUUGAUUUCGAAAACGUCACCUCCUCCCCGUCCUCCCGCUCUGCCUUCAUCCAAUCCGCGAUCGCCCUCGCUCGCACGUACAACUUUGACGGUCUGGAUCUUGACUGGAAGAUCCCAACAGGCAACACCACCCUCUUUUCCACCCUGCUCACGGAGUUCCGGGCGGCGAUCGAAUCCGAAGCCGCCGCUUCCGGGAAAUCGAAGCUUCUGCUUUCUGCGGUGGUUUCUGCAUACGAGCCAAAUAUCACUCGGCCCUACGAUGUCCCGACGCUUAACAAAACACUGGACUUUGUUAAUGUUCAGACUUUCGAUUUUAUGUGGUCUUGGAAGUCCCCCACGACCGGCAUGCACACUGCUCUUGAGGACGUGAGCAACCCUCGGCUGAGCAUCAAGGGCGCUAUGGCUUCCUGGGUGUCUCGAGGCUUGGCCCGGAGCAAGGCCAUGGUGGGCCUGGCGAUGUACGGCCACACCUGGACGCUUGCCUCAACAAACAGCACUGGGGUUGGAGCUCCAGCCACUGGGGCUGGUCAGGAGGGUAGUAUCCUCUUCUACAAGGAAAUCAAUCAGAUGGUAACCACAGGAGGUUACACAGCUACGCUCGACGCCCCAACAUCCUCUAUGUAUGCGGUGAAAGGUGACCAGUGGGUUUGUUACGACGACCCUUCCACCAUCACCACCAAGGUUCAGUUUGCCAAGACGCAAGGCUAUGGAGGGUGGUUCGUCCGGGCACUGGGCCAGGAUGCCAAUAAUGCUCUGCUCAAUGCUGCAGUAGCUGCCUCGUGA